AUGAACGUUGAAGGAGUUUUGAGGAAUUUUUUCCACCUUGCCCUAACUCAACACAAAACAGAUAGCCAAUCUUCAAUUUUCUUGUCUCACACGCUUUCGACUCAGCUUUCGAGUUUUCUUCUCACAAUCAUCUUUCAAGCUUCACCUACUUUGUCUGCUUUGUUUCUCAGCGCAACCGCCAUCUGUUUUGUUUCUCAGCGCAGCCGCCAUCUGUUUUGUUUCUCAGCGCAGCCGCCAUCUGUUUUGUUUCUCAGCGCAGCCGCCAUCUGUUUCGUUUCUCAGCGCAGCCGCCGUCUGUUUCAUUCAUGUCUCAGCGCCGCCGCCGUCUGCUUCGUUUCUCAGUGCCGCCGCCCCUGUUCUGCCCCUCCGUAUUUGCGUUUCUCAUUAGCUGCUGGUUCUACAUCUGUUCCUUCCUCCGUCCUGCCAUCACCCUUUCCCUAUGGCUGUUUCUCAGGCUUCAUCACCAUCUAA